AUGAGGAUUAAGAGGAAAGAUGGAAGCAGGAAGUGGUACGUGUCGCGUUUUGUCGAGGAGCAUAAUCACGAACUGGCGUAUGGGAAGCUUGUGGAUUAUUUACGGUCACACAGGAAGAUUUCUGAGGUAGAAGUUGCUCAGCUAACAAGCAUGAGGGAGAUUGGGAUUAGCAUUCCGAAGAUAUAUGAGUCAUUUGCAGCACAACUAAGGGGUUUUAACCUGCUUACAUUUACGAAGCAAGAUAUGUAUAACGAGGUGCGGAAGCAGAGAGGGCUCCAAGGUGGAGACGAAGAUUAUUUGUUGUUCGGCGACGUCCUAGCAUUCGAUGCAACGUACGACCGUAACAAGUAUAACCUUCCCGUUGUUGUCUUCUCCGGAGUAAACCACCACAACCAGACAUGCGUUUUUGGUACAGCUAUGGUUUCCUGUGAGUCACCUGAGUCUUACAUUUGGGUUCUUGAGCAGUUUUUGGAAUGCAUGCAAGGAAAGGCACCACAGUCUGUUAUCACCGAUGGGGACUCAGCCAUGAGGAUAGCGAUUCAGUCCAUUUUUUCUGAUGCGCAUCAUAGGUGCGAGUCACUACACGCCAAGCUCGGUCGGUUUGUUGAGAGUCGAUACGGUAUUCUGGAAUUUGUUACCAAUUUCCAGAGGUGUGUCGAUUUUCUUCGUGACAACGAGGAUGAGCUGGAAUUUUGCGCUUGGUAUGGUACACCUGUAUUACAGACGGAGUUUGUUGAGUUGGAAAAGUCGGCGUGGACGAAGUUCACUCGCGAAAUGUUUGCUAGAUUUAGGGAAAGCUUGAAACGGUGCGUAUGUGUUAGAAUAUGCGAAAUCAAUAAGACAUUGCACCCGCAUGUGUAUACUCUACAAAAGUAUCGGAGGCCUGAGAUGACUUGGCAAAUUUAUAGGGAGCCUACUUCUAAUAUCUUUAGUUGCACGUGCAUACGAAUGGAGUCGUUCGGAAUUCCAUGUGUGCACAUCGUGGCUGUGUGUGUCAGGCUUGAUUUAGCGGAAAUUCCUCAAAGCCUAGUUCUGCGCAAGUGGUCCAAGACAGCUAAAAUGGAGAUAAAAAAUGAAAUAGUUGACCACCACACUGCUGAUCAAAGCGUGACGUAUAGAAUAAGGUUGGGUGCGUUCUCGCAGCUAUGCAAGCGGUUAUGGAGGGUGGCUUGCAUGAGCGAUGAUGACUUCAAGGUUUACUCGAAGAAGGUUUUAUCCAAUGCUGUUUUCCUUGAAAUCAAGUAUGGUCUUCGACCACCAAGCAAUAUUCCCACACCGGCAAUAGAUAAUGUAGUGAAAGACCCAAUUCGUGUUAGAACAAAAGGCACAGGUCGGUGCAGUCAAGAUGGGGGUUCUGCUGCGAAGACCAAAAGAAAGUGCAGUACGUGUGGGAAGCUCGGGCACCAGAGGACACGCUAUCCUAACGGAGAUACGCCAGCUGCAACAACAAAUGAGACAGCCACUGCUGGGGGGCAUAAACGCAAGCAAUCAAAGGUUAUUUUAUAA